CUCAGAAAAUGAAGCAUGAAACACAUCAAAAUCAGAUUAUCUCAGCAAAACUUUUCAAUUCUCAAAGGUAUAUCCAUAGCCUUAUUGUGUAUUUUCUUUUCUUUGGUUCUGGUUUGGUUAUAGGAAUAUCAUUAACCUUCUAUCUAAAAGAUGUUCCAAUCACAUUAAAGAAAAAACUAUUUACUAUCCAACCAUCUCCUCCAUUAAUAGUACCACCAAAAUCGCGCCCUCCUCCAUCUCCUCCAUUGAAUCAAGAACAAGGCGUGACGAUGAAUAAUAAUAUCAAGAAGAAAAUCCCGGGUGUUGGUAGAAUAGGAUUAACAGAUUAUAUUAAGCCUCCUGAAGCAAUGCAUGAUAUGAUGGAUGAUGAGUUAAUAUGGAGAGCUUCAAUGGUUCCUAAGGCUAAGAUAUUCCCAUUUAAUCGUACCCCAAAGGUCGCGUUUAUGUUUCUAGCAAGAGGUAGUUUACCAUUAGCACCACUUUGGGAACGAUUCUUUAAAGGACAUGAAGGACGUUACUCCAUUUAUAUUCAUUCUCAACCAUCUUUCAAAGGGGAUGCACCUGAAGAGGGACCAAUUUUUCAUGCUCGAAGAGUCCCAAGUAAGAGAGUAGAUUGGGGAGAAUUCAGCAUGGUUGAUGCAGAACGGAGGUUACUAGCCAACGCGUUACUCGACAUGUCAAAUGAACGUUUUGUGCUUCUUUCAGAGGCUUGCAUUCCCUUAUAUAAUUUCACAACUAUCUACACCUACAUCAUGAACUCCACAAAAACCUUUGUGGAAUCCUAUGAUGAAUGGGGUCCCGUUGGACGGGGCCGCUAUAAUAGUCAAAUGACACCAUGGGUGACAAUCGAGCAAUGGAGAAAAGGGUCUCAAUGGUUUGAGCUCAAUAGAGAAAUCGCGCUCGAUAUGAUCACCGAUCAAAAAUACUUCAAUUUAUUCAAAGAUUUUUGUAGGCCAGCUUGCUACUCUGAUGAACAUUAUUUACCAACUUUUGUCACCAUGAGAUAUUGGUGGAAAAAUGGUAAUAGAACGUUGACUUGGGUUGACUGGACAAAAGGUGGACCCCACCCUACAAAAUUUGCUAGAACUGAGGUAACAAGGGAGUUGUUACACCAAAUGAGAACUGGAAUUCAAUGUAUGUAUAAUGGAGAGCCUACAAGUAUGUGUUACCUUUUUGCAAGAAAGUUCUUACCUAGUGCAUUGGAUAGGCUUUUAAAGUUUGCUCCUAAGGUCAUGAUGUUCGGUUGAUCAAUAUUUUAUUGUAUCGUA